AUGCCGACCAGACUUGAUAUGGGAAGUGGAUUCUCGAGAAUGAGGAUUUCAGCAGCUUUCUCUUUCGAUAUCGGAGAGGCCUUGAUAUGGGAAUCAGUGGGAUCACCUUACCGUGCCCUGCUGCACACUCAGGAGCCCAAGGUGGAAAUUGCCACUUCUGCUCGGGCUCUCUCCGCCGUCGUUGCAGCUUCACCCCGGGUCCAGGUGGCAGCUCGCGCCGACACUCAGACACUCUUCGCAGACUCAGUUGCGGCUUCAGUGACCACAGUUGCAGCCCGUCUGCCGACCUCGUCGUUGAAGGAGUGUCCGGCGUCGCAGACGCAGACAACGGCAAUCGUCCCAACUACCCUCCCCCACCUCUUUAACGCUACCGAAGCCAUCUUCAAAAUGUUGAUAAUGAUAAAUGCUGGGCCAAAUGUUUGGUUGAAACUGUAUGAAGAAGAAGAAGAAGAAGAAGAAGAAGAAGGAGAAGAAAUCAUGUUGAAGAUUUUCACAAGAGAUAGUAAACAGUAA